AUGAAACAAAUAAAAAUUGUUUCAAAUGAUACAACGGGGACAAUGGAACAAAUCAGUGAAAACAGUGCAAAGAAGAGUUCAGAAUCUUAUUACUAUUCUGAGAUAGAAGUUCUUGAACUGCCUCCAGAGUUCUUUGUUGGUCUUUACCAAUCAAUAAAAGACUCCGUUUCUGUUGCAACGAAAUUAUCUGUUCAAAGCUUCAUAACUCAAGAGAAAGACAAGUUCCAUUCCGUUACUGAGAUGUUGACUAAAGGAUUUAAUGAUGUCCUUUCGGAUGCAACAUUGAGCUGUGUGAAGAAAUCAACAGAAGAAGUUGGUCACAACAUUUUUGGAUUUUCAAAACAAACAAAUAAUUUUGAGAAUGUCAAAGAUGCUCUCUCUAAAGGCUUUGCUGAAGUACUAAGUGAUGCUACAAGAUCAUGUGUAGCUAAUUCUAUUCCUAUUUAA